AUGGAUACUAUAGAUAAAAGUUGGAUGGAUCUCCGAAGAUCCACCAAUGAGUAUGAUCGUGGAGUGAAGUCUUUUCUUGAUAAGGCAUUUGAACGAGCUUCUCAAGGAAAUGAAAUACUAUGCCCUUGUAUAAGGUGUUUUAAUCGGUAUUGGCAUACUCGAACAGUGGUGGAGAAUCACUUGUUUGGUUAUGGAUUUGUUAAUGGAUACACCAAAUGGGUUUUCCAUGGAGAAGGGUUUUCUUCAACAGAUAUGCCGCAUCCAACCAAUGAUGAUGAAACUUCCGACAUGCAUGACGAUAUCGAUGGACUACUUUAUGAUACUUUCAGGAAUGUAGAAGGUGAUCUGAUGCAUGAAGGAGUGAGAGAGGGACCAUCUGAAGAUGCAAAGAGAUUUUUCAAAUUAGUUAAGGAAGGGAAACAAGAGUUGUACCCAGGGUGUAAGAAUUUUUCUAAGUUGAGUUUCACCAUUCGGUUGUACUUGUUUAAAUGCAUUCACGGAUUGAGUAAUGUAGCCUUUUCAGACUUGUUAUACUUGUUAGACUUGAUAAACGAGGCAUUUCCAUUUGCUCAGCUACCCGAGUCUUUCAACAAGGCAAAAAAGGUGAUAAAAGAUUUGGGCCUUGGUUAUGAGAAAAUUCAUGCAUGCCCUAACGAUUGCAUGCUAUUUUGGAAUGACAAUGCGAAGAUAGAUAAUUGCUCUGUGUGUGGUUCUUCUAGAUGGAAGAAUGUUCGUGAUGAUUUGACUAAUAAGAACACUAAAAUCGCAACAAAGGUUUUAAGACAUCCUGCUGAUGGGGAAGCUUGGAAGCAUUUUGAUUCAUUGCACCCGGAUUUCUCUAAAGAUCCUCGUAAUGUUCGAUUGGGUCUUUCAAGUGACGGUUUCAAUCCAUUCCAAACCAUGAGCAUUUCCCAUAGUACAUGGCCAGUUAUGUUAAUGAACUAUAAUUUGGCACCAUGGAUUUGCAUGAAGCCGGAGUAUAUAAUGUUGUCAAUGAUCAUUCCAGGUCCAUUGUCUCCUGGAAACGAUAUAGAUGUGUUCCUACAACCACUAAUUACAGAGUUGAAGGAACUAUGGGAAAUGGGAGUGGAAACAUAUGAUGCUGAAACUAACCAAACAUUUCUAAUGCGUGCAGCUUUAUUGUGGACAGUUAGUGAUUUUCCAGCACUAGCAAUGCUUUCCGGAUGGAGCACCAAGGGGAAAUGGGCAUGCCCCACCUGUAAUUAUGAUACUUGCUCUCAAUAUCUCAAACAUAGUUGUAAGAUGUGUUACUUGGGUCAUCGAGCAUUUUUACCUCCUGAUCAUCCAUUUCGAAGAGAUAAGAAAUCAUUUGAUGGUAAAGAGGAGCAUAAAGCUGCACCUACUCCCUUAUCAGGCAUAGAAGUGCUUGAAGAGCUACGUGAAUUCAAUAAUGUCUUUGGGAAGGGCCGAAAAAAGGGCUCGGAAGAGUGA